GCUGCACUCUACCAUUCACUGGGUUUCUUACUCUUCAACGUAGUUAUACGGGCUGGUGUUUUGGAGCUAAAUACGUCUGUCCGUGAUUUAUGGUUCAUACAAACGGAUCAGACGCCAUACAAGAGGACGAUAUGGCGAGUACUUGGUGGAAUAGCCCAGCGGUGACCCACAUCCUUGUGGCACUCUUCGGCACUGGCUCCUGGAUAUCUGUAAACGGUCUAUGGGUGGAACUCCCCGUGGUAGUCAACGUUCUGCCCGAAGGUUGGAACCUUCCAGCGUACCUCUCCGUGCUAAUAGCAUUUGGGAAUCUUGGACCGAUUGUGGUGACAAUAAUACACCACUGUGCCCCUGGACGAUUGAAUGAGCGACUGGUCAUACAUUUCAUUCAGGUUUUAGCAGUGGUGGCAUCUGCAUUCCUGGCCAUUUUCUGGUAUAAGUCUGUCUCUGUAAACGGGGACCUAAAAUCGAUACCAUUCCUACUUCUCACGUUUGUUUUAUCACUGGUUUGCUGUACGUCCAAUGUCACCUUUUUGCCCUUCAUGUUCCGCUACCCUCCACAGUACAUUCGAACUUUCUUUGUCGGCCAGGGACUUAGCGCCCUGUUUCCAUGUGUGGUAGCUUUGGGACAGGGUGUUGGAAAGGUAGAGUGCAAAACGGAAAACGGAACGGUGACGCCGGUGUAUCUGAAGGAAAACUUCCCAGCGCAUUUUUUUUUUUGGUUUCUGUCGAUUAUGUUGUGCAUCUCGGCGCUUUCGUUCUUGGCUCUGACGCGUAGAGAGACAACGGAGCCUGCCGGGCCUCGAGACACCCCGGAACACGAUUCACCUGCAACAUCUUCAAAGGCCGAUGGGGACGAGACGCACCCGCUGCAGAACGGAAGGACCCCGGUGUCGGAGGACCAGGUGGAGGUGGAGAAACGGACACCUGUCCAGAACUUUUGGACAUCACAAAACAUCUAUUUGUUGGUGUUGCUGGGGAUCUCCAACGCCUUGACGAAUGGAGUCCUGCCUUCUGUCCAAACCUUCUCCUGUUUGCCCUAUGGCACAAUGACUUUUCAUCUCUCUGUAGUGCUGGGCAACAUCGCCAACCCUCUGGCUUGCUUCAUCGCUAUGUUUGUUCUACUCAGGUCAUCUGUGGGUCUGGGGAUCAUGUCUCUGGGAGCAGGGGUGUUUGCAGCAUACCUCAUGGCCCUGGCUGCCCUCAGCCCCUGCCCUCCUCUCCUGGGGAGUGUGUCUGGAGUGGCCUUGGUGGUCCUGUCCUGGGUCGUGUUCACAGGGCUGUUCUCCUACCUGAAGGUGGUGAUCGGGACCCUGCUCCAUGAGGCCGGUCACGCCGCCCUGCUGUGGUGCGGUGUCUUUAUCCAGGCUGGCUCUCUCGUCGGAGCGCUCUCCAUGUUCCCCCUGGUCAGCGUGUACCACGUGUUCGCCCGCUCUCAGGACUGUGUGGACAACUGCAGUUAGAACAUGGGGGUAGAGGAGCCAGGUGGUGGUAGGAAGUCAUGGGUGGCUCCUGUCCUGAGCAGGCCCAGGCCAGGAGGUGGUGUGGCUGGAAACAUUCAGAAACAGCUAAAGCAUUCCUGGUGAGUGGGAGCACUGAGUGAAUGGGUGAUGAAGCUUUGUGAUGAAGCUUUGUGAUGAAGCUUUUGUUAUUGUUGGAUUGUAUUACAGUCCUUCUGAUUUACGUUUACAAUGGCUUAAGGAGCAGCUGCUGUGUUUCAUUUUGCAACUCUGUAUCAUGUGAUAUCUUACAACUCAAGGACUGCAUCCAUCACAGUGUCCUCAGUGUCCUUCAGGCCUAAGAAGUGAAAAACAUUAAUGUUUAGACAGUGGAAUGAUAUACACUUGAACUUAUAUACUUGUACCAAUAAUUGCAUGGCUAACCAAACGCUGCCGUGUUUACAUCAUUCCACAAUGCUAAAGUAGAAGUAACUGCUUAGUCAUGUGACGUGCAAGAUUCUCUUUGUUUCUUUGUCUUAUGUUUCUUAAAUGAUAUUUAGAUUCGGCAUUGCUGGUGAAAGUUAAAGAUGUGAUGCACUUUUUGGAGGGAGGCUACUGUAUGCUGAAAGAAGUAGGUUUUGUGACAGUCCUAUUUAAUACAUUAAAAUACUCAUGAUGCCUUAAGAGAAAUAGUUUUGUUUCAGUCACAUACUCAGUGGGUUUGUUUUUUGAAAUUAUUUUGUGAUUUUGCAAUGCAGUAUUUGAUAUACUGUUUUUCUGUGAUAAAAAAAAAAAUCUGUUUUGUGUAACAAUUUGAAAUUCGGCUUCAGCUAUGAAUCCGUGGUGCUUGGGGUGAUAAGGAAUUAUUAGGUGACAAUAGGCUGAAUUUUCUCAAAACUUAAAAUGUUCUUGCCUUACGACUCUUGUAGUCAUGGAUAUAUUGUUAAAUAUAUUUUUAAGUACACUUAAUAGUUCAUGUUGUUAGCUUUGGAAUGUUAUCAAUCUCAUAUGCUUUGAUCUUAGAACAUUUUGAAUGCAAUUUAUAGCUGACUCUUUAUAUGUACUUUCAUAGAGCUGCACAGGAUUUAAAUAUGUACAGUUUUCUUCAGCAAACACAUGAAUGUGCAUCCCUGCUGCUCUGCCAAGUCAUGUGCCGACUUUCAGUUGGUACAUUUUAGAAGUCUGAAAUGUUAUGUCGAAUUGUGUUUUGUAUGUUUUAUAUGGUCUUUCUUCACAGUAAAGUUGUAUGAAAACAGACUGAGCUUCUAUGGCAGGAAAGUUAAUCUUUCAGUGAACAGAAGUUGACCUGGCCACCACAUGGUACAAAGUUAAACAUGAUACCUUUCUGCACAUUGUAGGACAGCACUGAUGUUUGUUUGGAUGUAUUACAAGCUCUACUGACACAUUUGAGAUCUAACAAGGGCUGUUUUUUUGCCUAUGAUAACCUUUUUUUAAUGAGAAAUCAAGAAGCGUCCGAAAGGUUGUCCAAACUUCUGCAUUGGUCGGUUUUUGUAUAGAACUCUUAAUCUGUAAUAAAUAUUAACAAUGA